AUGGGAAUUUUACCCAAUCUCGGGGGGCCAAAGGAAAGUAUACGUCGAGUUUAUUUGGGAGUAGUGCGGAGUAUCGCGUUAUACGGUGCUCCGAUGUGGAGCACCGACCUGAUGGCCAGUCGGCGCAGCAUUUCAUUGCUGCAUAAAGUUCAACGCCGGCUGGCCAUCAGAGUCGUUAGGGGAUACCGCACUAUCUCCUUUGAGGCGGCGACACUCCUGUCGCGAUUGCCGCCGUUCGAGCUCCUGGCGGAGGCGGACGCUGAAGCGUAUUUCAGCGUCCGUCGAGCCCGUCAGGGCGGCGGGGUCUCGGCAGGAGUGACGGUCGAAGCGAGGCGCCAAGCUCGGCUACGCGCGCUGGACAAGUGGCAUACCUGGCUCUUUUCGCCACGGUACGUCCACAAGCCCGUCGUCGAGGCUGUCCUGCCCAACUUCUGGGACUGGUUGGACAGAGGUCAUGCGUCUCUGACCUUCCGACUGACGCAGGUGCUUACCGGGCAUGGUUGCUUCGGUGAGUACCUGCACGGAAUCGGUCGGGAGGCGACGGCAGUGUGUCACCAUUGCGGGCACGGGGAGGACACCGCACAGCACACGCUGGAGUUUUGUCCAGCGUGA